GGUUUCGGGGAGGUGGGUGGGGUGUGGAGCGGGACUUGGAGCCGCCGCCGCCGCCGCCGCCACCUCCCACAGAUCCUGCCUCGUCCCCGGUGCUGCUGGGACGAUGCGGCCGGGGCCGGGAGGCUGCUGUUGCCGCCGCCCGGUGCGGGCGAACGGCUGCGUGGCGAACGGGGAAGUGCGGAACGGGUACGUGAGGAGCAGCGCCGUUGUCUCCGCCGCCGCUGCCGCCUCGGGCCAGAUCCAUCAUGUUACACAAAAUGGAGGGCUGUAUAAAAGACCAUUUAAUGAAGCUUUUGAAGAGACCCCCAUGCUGGUUGCAGUACUUACAUAUGUGGGCUACGGAGUUCUCACCCUCUUCGGGUAUCUUCGAGAUUUCUUGAGGCAUUGGAGAAUUGAAAAGUGUCAUCAUGCAACAGAGAGAGAAGAACAAAAGGACUUUGUGUCAUUGUAUCAGGAUUUUGAAAACUUCUACACAAGGAAUCUCUACAUGAGGAUAAGGGACAACUGGAAUCGGCCAAUCUGCAGUGUGCCUGGAGCCAAGGUGGACAUCAUGGAGAGGCAGUCUCAUGAUUAUAACUGGUCUUUCAAGUAUACAGGGAAUAUAAUCAAAGGUGUUAUAAACAUGGGUUCCUACAACUAUCUUGGAUUUGCCCAGAAUACUGGCUCAUGUCCAGAAGCAGCUGCCAAAACCCUAGAGGAGUACGGAGUCGGCGUGUGCAGCACUCGGCAGGAGAUUGGAAACCUGGACAAACAUGAAGAACUAGAGAAACUUGUAGCAAGAUUCUUGGGAGUAGAAGCUGCUAUGGCAUAUGGCAUGGGAUUUGCAACAAAUUCAAUGAACAUUCCUGCUCUUGUUGGCAAAGGUUGCCUGAUUCUGAGUGAUGAGCUGAACCAUGCAUCGCUGGUUCUCGGAGCCAGACUGUCCGGAGCAACCAUUCGGAUCUUCAAACACAACAAUAUGCAAAGCUUGGAGAAGCUGUUGAAAGAUGCCAUUGUUUAUGGUCAGCCCAGGACACGAAGGCCCUGGAAGAAAAUUCUCAUCCUAGUGGAAGGAAUAUAUAGCAUGGAGGGAUCAAUAGUUCGCCUUCCUGAAGUGAUUGCUCUCAAGAAGAAGUACAAGGCUUACUUGUACCUGGAUGAGGCGCACAGCAUCGGGGCCCUGGGCCCCACGGGCCGAGGGGUGGUGGAGUACUUCGGCCUGGAUCCCGAGGAUGUGGACGUCAUGAUGGGGACAUUCACCAAGAGCUUUGGAGCCUCUGGAGGAUAUAUCGGAGGCAAGAAGGAGCUGAUUGACUACCUGCGCACGCAUUCGCACAGUGCUGUGUACGCCACGUCGCUGUCGCCGCCUGUGGUGGAGCAGAUCAUCACCUCCAUGAAGUGUAUCAUGGGCCACGAUGGCACAAACCUCGGCAAAGAGUGUGUGCAGCAGUUAGCUGAAAACACCAGGUAUUUCAGGCGACGCCUGAAGGAGAUGGGCUUCAUCAUCUAUGGGAAUGAAGAUUCUCCAGUGGUGCCCUUGAUGCUCUACAUGCCAGCCAAGAUAGGUGCGUUUGGACGGGAGAUGCUGAAGCGGAACAUUGGUGUGGUUGUGGUAGGAUUUCCUGCGACCCCAAUUAUUGAGUCCAGAGCCAGGUUUUGUCUCUCAGCAGCUCAUACCAAAGAAAUCCUUGAUACUGCGUUAAAGGAAAUAGAUGAAGUUGGGGACCUGUUGCAGUUGAAGUACUCCCGCCAUCGGUUGGUGCCUCUCCUGGACAGGCCCUUUGACGAGACUACCUAUGAAGAAUGGGAAGACUGAGCCUUUUUGGUGCUCCCUCGCCCAGGACAGUGUGUGGCCCUUCUGAGCCAGCUCCAGCAACCACGCUUCUGUGGCCACCUCACGUGAAAGACAUUUCCUCACCUGUCGAUGGUGACUGCCUCCACUCCACAUGACGACUUGUAAAUAGUAAAAAACUGCGUCAUCUCCCCUUCCCUUGCUACACCUCCCCUUUACAAACUGAGGUGACUCACUUUGCUCUUUUGUCCAUUAAAAAAUGUUUUAUUUUAUAACCCUUCUACUUGUGAGAUCACGCUGAGCCCAGUCUUUGGCUAACCGCAUAGGCUACUGCCGCCCUCAGUCACCCACGAGCAUGGGCCCAUGGAGAGGCCUGGCCCCGCCGCCCUCCUCCCCAGGGAGCAAGUGCCUUCCACUUACUUCCCAUCCAGGCCUCUGAGCUUACACACCUUGGCAUCUUGGUUUAACUAGUCAAGCAACCAGCCAAAGUAUUCUUUUUCUUCUAAGCUCAGCUUUUUCAGAAAGAUAGGGAAAAGCAAUGCUGAAAGAGUCUGUGUGCAGUUCCCCCACCAGGGCCUCCCAGGGCUGUGGGCUUCCUCCACUGUCUUCACCAUCAGCUGCUGCUUUUCGGUGGUCACAGUUGGGGGUAUGUGCAGAGUCGGGGACCUGCCUGGACUGUGGAAUCCCGUGCUGAAAGCAUCCUUGUGAAAGCACUUGUGGGCCACCCUGGUGAUGUACCUACCUGCAGGUCUGUGCUUAGGACAUCCUGCUGCUUUCUGCUUGGCCAAAUGCUGACAGCCUCGGGUUGGAGCUCGGUCCAGAUUAGGACUUAAGCUACUAAAGGAAAAUGGUAGUGAAUCCUCUGCUCAGACACAAUUUGUCAUGUUCCCAUUUAAGGAUUAAACUUACUAAAUAACUUAGCCCUUUUGGAAGCUAAUAAUCCACUUACAUAUGCUAGUUCUCUUUUAUUCUUGGUGUUCCAAGACAGUUUUAACUCAGCAUCCAGAGCUAGGUUCUACCAGUCCUUCUGGUUCUGUUUUUUUUGUUUUGUUUUCCUUUUUCUCUGAGGAAUUUUCAACAUUUUGCUCAGCUAGGAGAGCCUGUUUUUUUGACUGUAACUAGGCCAGGGGACUUCUUUCAGAAAGCUUUAUACUGUGUGACCAAAGAACAAAUCUGAAAAUCACCCCUUUGAGGUUCUUUCUGUUGACCAAAGCUUAAGUGAACAAAAUUUCUGGCUUCAUUGUACCCUAGAUCAGCUUGUGUUUUUGUAGGAGACGGGUUAGAAAGACAAGAGAAAGCCAUGUGUGAGUCAUUUCCCACAUCUCUGUUUUUGAGAUUGGUCCUUUCCAUGUCUUCCAUCUAAGUUAUUUUUCAGUCACUCUUGACUUCUGAGAGCUUUAAGCUCUUGAGGUAGUCAGAUUUUGUUUUGCUUUUCAAAGAACAAGAAAAACCCAGAAGAGACCUGAACAAAUUAUAAUAAAAACAUUGUGGUGCCUGAAUAGUCCUGUAAGAUCAAAUACCUUGCUCACGCUUUCUUCACAUCCAGUCCUCACUUUAGAAUCCCACUGAAGUACCGGGUUGCUUUAGCACUGCAGCCACUGCCCGUGGGACAGCUGUAGGACUUGCCAAAGUCACAAACUUUAAGCAGUGACCUUGCCUUCUGGUCUUAUUUUGGCUUUAAAAUACUUUGUUGGUGAUUUGUUUCAGGAUAAACUGAAUUAAAUUGCCAGUUUAUUUUGAAGAGACAACUGCUCACAGGACCUAUCCAGAUCUUCUAUAUUCUCUAGAGGAUAGAUUUAAGAAAAAUUUUACUUAUUUGAAAGGCAGAGUUUAGAGAAAAAGGAGAGACAGAUUUUUCAACCUUUGAUUCACUCUCCAGAUGGCCACAGUAGCCAGGUUCUGGGCCAGGAUGAAGCUAGGAGCUUGAAACUCCAUCUGGAUUUCUCAGGUGGAUAAAGGGACUGAAAGACUUGGGUCAUGUGUUGCUGCCUCCUAGGUACGGUAGCAAGGAGCUGGGUCAGAAGCAGUGCCAAGGACUCAAAUUGCUGCUCCCAUACAGAAUGCCAGUUGCUGGUACCCAGGCAGCUACUUAACCCAUUGUGCCAGCAUGACAGCCCCAAAAGACAGAAUUUUGUAUAUAUUAUACAUGUGGUCCUGUCUCUUCAUGACACUGAUUAAUAUAAGUCCAGGGAGCCAGUCAUAUCAUAAGUACCAUUGUUUAUCCAAAUUCUUGAAGAAGUGCAAGUGAAUGUAAAUGCAGUUCCUGAGAAUGCACAGGAUUGCUUAGUACCCAGUGCAGUACAGCCUGAUUCAAGAAUCUGAUGGGAUCCAAAUAGGUGUCCGUUACCUGUCACCACCAGAGUGAAUUAUAGGUGUUAAUCAAUACGUGUGGGACUAAGCCUUUCCACUUCUCCUCAUCCCAUUGCCUUUGUCCCUCUCAGGUUCAUGAGACCUCUCUGAGCAAAUCAUAUCAGAAGCCAGGUCAUGUAUGGUUAAGGAACAUAAGGAUCACAUCACGUGGCAGUUUCUCCUCUCUUUAUGUUAACCUAGUAGGGUCAAGGAGUCCAGAAUACCCUUAACAUUUUACUUUGAUUUGAAUUUAAAGAAAAAAAAAUCUUAAAAAAAAAAAAAAGAUUUAGUCAUUGUUUUACCUCAGGUGCUGGGGUGCAGAUGUCAGGUGAUCAGAGCAGGAUUCUUCUACACGAUCCCUGAAGGAGAACAGCAUCCACCUAACAACCCGCAAGGCCGUCAGAGGCCUAGGGUGCAGCAGCCUUCCUUUGAUUCCUGUCCGGAGGCCAUCCGGCCUUGACUGGGCCCUUCCAUCUUUCUGUCCCUUCCAGUUCUUAGUUUGCAGAGAAGACAGUGCUGUGGUGGUGCUGGGUUGUGAUGCUCAGGGGGUCAGCUCCAUGGGUCUGUAUGCGCAUCAGCCUUCCAUUGCAGGAGCAGGCAGGAAGCAACUUCCUUCCCACCUUGAGGAGCCUCUCAGCUUCUCACGACUAGCCAGGUGUAAGUGGACUUUCUAGUCUGACACUGUUUGCUUCCUUCCUAAUAGUGAAAAUCUGGAGAUCUGACAUGGAGAGAUUUUGUAGCUGUGUGACAAAACCACCUGAAGAAGGUUAAAUGCAUUUGUCCUUUUGUAUAAAUAAUUUCUGUAACCUAAUUCCCAGGGUGCCCUUGGCUCUCCUGGCAUUCUAGGCAAGCAAAAAAUGUUUGUUAUCACUGUGUGGUUGGACAAAAAAGAAGAGUAGUAGUUUUUCCUUUCCCGUCUACACUUAGGAAGAAUUGUUGAGUGUUUCACACAGGUAAAACUGGCUUAGUCCAAAAUGGUUGUGAGGAAGGAGGUAUGAAAAUCAAGGAUUCUUUUUGGCUGUUGAGCCCAGAAGUUAACAGACUUCGUUUUUUCCUGUCUGCAGCAGCCCCACAACCUGUAAAUGUGCUGCUGCUUGUUUAAGAUGAAGAUGCAGUACCAAGCCCCUUCAUCAAAAUGCCUUCCACAGGGAGAAGUGCAUGUCCCUUCCUCUCCUCGGUGUGAGCCACAGGAAGUGAGCACUUAGGCUUGCAGCCCAGGGCUGGGUGCCCAGCCAGGUGGCCCACUUGGAGGCUAGGCUUCUCCUCCCUGUUACACAGAAGUGAUGCCGUGGGUUGCCAGCAAUCCCUCUGCUUUGCUAGUGUAGAAAAUGCAAUUCUUUGGACGUUGCUUGUGACUUCCAUUUGCCUAGCUCCCUCCCUUGCAGAUUGUUUUCUGUGGAGGAAAGCCAAGGGUCUCGUGGGUUCCUAGUGAAGAAUGUUAUUUCUUGUCUCUGGUGAAGCAGGAGCUGACCCAUUUGUGGUCCACACUUGGCAGCGACUUGGUCGGGAAAGCUGUGGGCAGGGAUUUAUUUACUGCACAGUCUACCAGAUGAAUGACCCUAAUCUGCUUCUUCCUGGAAUGAUGGGUUAUAAUCACCUGACCUAAAAGAAUACGUUGGCACUUCCAGUGUGUGUCCUCUGUUCUUCACGGAGCAGUAGCAGGGCUGAGGAAUGAAUGAAUCCCUCCAUGCGUGAGGACACUCGCACCGAGUUGCUUCUGUGACAGCAUUCCCAGCUUCCUCCCACAUCGCUUGCCAAGAGACUAGGGGACUGCCUAGGGUGGCGCUGUGACUUGUCUUCACCCUCUACCUUAGGCCUUGUUGCCUCAGUGAUGUGAAACCGAUGGUUGGAAUUAUAAAAAGCAUCCUUGCUGGGCAUCGCUGUGCGUGCAACCAGCAUGGCGCAGGCUUGAUGAUCCCUCUCUGGGUAACAGAAAGAGAAGGGGGAAGCGGGAGAGCCGUAGCUUGUGGGAGCGCCCAGACGCUCUGUUGGCCCAUGGUUGCCUCACUAAGUUCCCCUGUAAACUGGAAUUUGCAAGAGGUGCUAUGAUUAUAACUCUUUCCGUUGCUAUAAUGUUCAAAUGACCUGAGAAAAUGAGAGAAAGGGAAGUGUAAAUAAAAAUGUAUCAGUUGUAGUAAUGUGUUCAAAUGUCACUUUCUCCCUUCCCCUGCUUCCCCUUUUGUCAGGUGAUUGUUAUUUUUUUACUUUUAUUUUUUUACAUUAUUGGAUGACUGUGAAGCUGUAGUGGGUGUGCACAUUUGGAGAGCGCAUGUUUAAGAACCGAAGGGAACUGUUUGCGAUGACUGAAUCAUCCCAUGCCAAUGUUGUUUUGCCCCAAUAAAAUACUCAGAAAGGUA